GCGCCUGGGGCUUCGGUCCUACACGCAAGCGCGCGGCUCGCUGCGAUCUUCACUGCGCAGGCGCCGAGGCGUAGAGGCGCAGCAAAACGCCUGUGGAUUACGUCUGGCUUUCCCCAGAGGCAGAAGAGGCCUGGACCUUGGCGCAGACAGACCCAGGAACAGAUGAGCAGGGACAUCUGCAUCCACGCCUGGCCGUGCACCUACUACCUGGAGCCCGAGAGGCGAUGGGUUGCUGGACAACUGUCCUUAACGUUGGUGUCACUCAGGUUCAUGACUGACAGCACUGGAGAGAUUCUGGUCAGCUUCCCCCUCUCCAACAUAGUUGAGAUCAAGAAGGAGGCUUCUCAUUUUAUCUUCAGCUCCAUCACCAUCCUGGAGAAGGGCCAGGCCAAGCACUGGUUCAGCUCCCUGCAGCCAAGUCGAAAUGUGGUCUUCAGCAUCAUUGAGCAUUUCUGGAGGGAGCUGCUGCUGUCUCAGCCUGGAGCUGUGGCAGACGUGUCUGGCCCCAGGACCCGGGGCAAGGAGCUGACGGGACUCAUGGCCGGAUCCCAGAAACGCCUGGAGGACACGGCGAGGGUCCUGCACCACCAGGGCCAGCAGCUGGACAGCGUCAUGAGAGGCCUGGACAAGAUGGAGUCAGACCUGGAGGUGGCGGACAGAUUGCUGACAGAACUGGAAUCUCCUGCUUGGUGGCCCUUUAGCUCCAAGCUUUGGAAGACGCCACCGGAAACAAAGCCUAGGGAAGGUGUCUCUGUGACCAGUUGUGAAGCCUUUGGGAAAGAAAGGAUAUUGAUAAAAAUUCCUGCCAUUAUUUCCCACAGAACAGAGUCUCACGUUAAGCCAGGGAGGCUCACCGUCCUUGUGUCUGGGUUGGAAAUACAUGACUCCAGUUCUUUGCUCAUGCACAGGUUUGAAAGAGAGGAUGUGGAUGACAUCAAGGUCCACUCACCUUAUGAAAUUAGCAUCCGCCAGCGGUUUAUUGGAAAGCCAGACGUGGCCUAUCGUUUGAUAUCCGCCAAGAUGCCAGAGGUUAUUCCCAUUUUAGAAGUGCAAUUCAGCAAGAAGAUGGAGCUGUUAGAAGAUGCGUUGGUGCUCAGAAGCACAAGAACCUCUUCACCUGCAGAGAAAAGCUGCUCAGUCUGGCAUGCAGCAUCUGGGCUGAUGGGCCGUACCCUGCACCGUGAGCCACCCAUAGUAGACCAGGAGGGCACAGCACUGCACCUGCAGACAAGCCUGCCAGCCCUUUCCGAGGCAGAUACCCAGGAACUAACCCAGGAACUGGAGAACGCAUUGCAUCUUCCUCAGGACCCCCGUUCCUGGUCUGGCUUCCCUCACUUCCCUGUCCCUGAUGUCUCUAAUCUAAACUUCCCUCAAUUACUCUGUGUACUCUCCUAGCCGGGGGAAAAAAAUCAAUGGUUUCCUGCGUACCUAAUGAACGUAAGAUAACGAUCUUCACAGAGUGUCUCCCUACUACUUGGAGUAAGGGUAUUGAUCAGUGCAUGACCGCUCUGGCUUCUUUGAGUUCAUCGACCACGUCGGGAGCCAAAAGCCCCAUGUGACUUUGGGGCUCCGCAGUCCCCGGGGGCAGGAGAAGCUGCAUGGACACCGUGCUCUGUCCUGAGCGCACCUGACACAAGUGUUGCUCUCCUGCCUGGCCCCAGUGGGAGUGUGUGAAGCAGGCGAGUUGGAGAGCAGGUUAUGGGCAGAGGGGAUGAUGAGACUGGCCACCCCCAAGGUGACUGGGCUCUGCAGGGGCACUGGAUGCAGCACCCACCCUCCGAGACUAGCCAGGCAGAAGUGGGCCUUGCUUGUGAGUGAGGAGGGGUGGGGAGGCCAGGCUCCUCCCCCACUCAGGCUCUCAGCGUCCCGUGACUUCCUGCUUUUCCAGGCUGUUCAUGUCAUGUGUUAACCACAACGUAGGUAGGAGGUCGAUUUUGGGGGGCUGUGAGGUUUUGUGAUGCUGUUUUUAUUUAUGGCCUUGAUACCAGUCAGCUAGGAGAGCUGAGCUGAGCUGCGUGUUUGGGGAUCUGUGCCUUCACUGUGAGUUCCUAUUAAUCAUGCUGCUGACACCACAUUGCAUGCACUUUCUAAAUGCUGAUCCGUAAGAGGAGGCUGGGAAUGGGGACAACAUGCCCUACAGCCCGACAUCCACACAGCAGGAGGCCAUGUCCCAUGGGCACCCUGGACCAGGUGUGGGGGCCCUGCAUGCAUGUGGCUUGAGGGUGCCCUGUAACUCAGACCUCUGGCAGCUAGGUGGAGGCGGCAUCACAGGGAAACACCACGCCUUCCCUUUUGACCUGUAUGCUCUUUGGCUAACGGGUUCAUGACGGUGAACACCUGCUCACCCACCUCUGUGCACCCUGUCCACCCCCACCCACACCCUCUGCUUUUGCGGGUGAGCCACUCCUGUGCCUAUGUCCCCCAAACUCCCAUUGCACUGGGCAUGACUGCGGAGGACCCAGGACCCUGGGCUGAGCAGGGCCCGUGGCUUCAGAGCGAUGGGGGCAGGAGGCCAUACCAGGCACAGCCCUUGGGGUCCCAGAUCCUCACACCAACCGGUACCCAGAAACCACCUGGGAAACUGCCAGUGCAAGGGGCCUGGCAGGAUAGAAUGCAGGACCCGUGCUGAGGGCUGGAGCCCAGCACCUCACAAGCCCUCCCAAGGCCACUCCCAGGCUGUACCAGCUGAACAGGUCAAGCAGAGACCGAGUGCUGAGUGGGACUUCAGUCUUGGAGGACUCGCCCCACCCUGAGCCUUUCCUGUCCUCCCAGUUGUCGCGUUAAUGAAGGCCAGGUGUGUGGGGCAAGUGCUGGGUGUCAUGGAGGCCCUGGCUGGAAGGUAAUAUGUGUCAUAGCAGUGGGGAGUUUCUCAUUAUUUACUUUGUAAAAAUUGGUGAAAUAUAUAAACACAGAUUUUGCCAUUUUAACCAUUUUUAAGUGUACAAUUCAGUGGGGUUAAUGAAAUUCACCACCAUCGUCCUGCACAGAAACUUUCUCUUGAGACACAAACCCACGUUUCUGCCCCAGCCCCCCACCCACCACUCUGCCUUCCAUGUCUGCUAGCCUGCCACUCUGGGUUCCUUACAGCAGGGGAGUAACGCAGCCCUUGUCCUUUUGUGCCUGGCUUAUUUCACUUGGCAUGUGGUUUUCAGGGCCCAUGCCCUGAAAACCCCUCUGUUGGUGGAUGUGCGAGCUCUUUCCUCUUUUAGGCUGCUAUGGAGAAUGCUGCUGUAAGUGUUCACAUGUGAGCGUCUGUUUGAGGCCCUGCUCUCAAGUCUUUGGGGUACACAGUGAUCCCCCUUAUUAAGGAAAAUGCUCUAAGACCCCCAGGACAUAAAGCUUUACCCCCAUGUUUUCUUAGGAGUUCUGUGGUUUUGGUUUCCUCUUUAGGUUGUGAACCCAUUCUGAGUUAAUAUUUGUGUGCAGAGUGAGGUGAGGACCCAGAUUUAUUCUGUGUGUCCAGAUCGAGUUUUCCCAAUACCAUUUGGUAAGCCAACCAUUCUUUCCCCAUGGAAUGGUCUUGACACCCUUGUUGAAAAUCCGUGAGCCAUAGAUAUAUGAGUUUAUCUCUGGUUUCUCACUUAAUUCCAUUCUGUGGUCUAGUGUCGCUGUUUUGAUUACUGUAGGUUUGUAGUAAGGUUUUUUGUAUUUUUUAUUUUGAGACAGGGUCUCACUCUGUCUCCCAGGCUGGAGUGCAGUGGCAUGAUCUCUGUUCACUGCAACCUCCGCCU